UCGCCUCAGCAUCCGCACCAUUUGUAGGAGGUACUAUUGGGGCUAUCGAUUGCACUCAUGUGUCAAUCAUGAGCCCAAAGCAUCAUGAAGAAGCGUAUGUCAACCACCAUGGAUACCAUUCUAUCAAUGUGCAAAUGAUAUGUGAUCCAAAUCUAAAGAUUUUGGCUGUCAAUGCUAAAUACCCAGGAGCGCGACACGAUUCAUUUAUUUGGAGCUCCUCUGCAGUCCGGAGAGUUAUGCAGCGAAGUUUUGAAAAUGGAAACCAUAACGUGUUUUUGAUUGGUGACUCAGGAUAUCCUUUGGAGCCGUGGUUGAUGACUCCUCUACCAAACCAACCAGAAGGGAGUCCUAAAUUCCGCUACAAUGAGGCAUUGUGCAAAGCUCGAAACCCAGUCGAGAGACUUUUUGGCGUUCUCAAAGGAACUUGGCGAUGCUUAUCUCAGCAAAGGACUCUUUUGUAUGAUCCUGGAUUUACUGGAAAAGUAGUAAAUGCUUGCACAGUGUUGCAUAACUUGCGAUUGGGUGACCAAACAUACGAUCCCGAGACUGAGUUCCUAGAGCCAAGGACACAUAGCAGUAAUGUAAAUCAAGACGCGCCGUCUUCAACAGCAAAACGCGUCCAAGACCGGCUAAUUGCAAAUUAUUUUACAUGAAUAAAACGUUGAUUAAUAAAAAUUCAGAAGGAGUACAAUAAAAUUAUUUUGGCAUUUUA